AUGAAAGAUCCGAUGGAGAAAACAAUGGGGAAGAUUGAAAUGAAAAUUUCAUGCCUGGAUAAUCCGAUUCUAGAAUCGUCAAAAAGACCCCGCCCCGUCGACAAGAUGCCUAUGCGGAAAAUCGUGAUGUUGGGUGCCAAUGCGCGGACGCAAAGAUCUGUCUCUUCUAUCCAGCUACCCGCCGAGUUCUCCCCUUCAGCAUCUUCUGCGCCGUAUUUCAAUUAUUCGCCGAGCGAUUUUAUUCUGGAUUUGAGAACUCACAAGGAAUCAGAAGAGAAUUAUCAAAAUGGACAUACAGAAACAGAUGAUGGAAAGAAACAGCUCAAAGACCUUCUUCAUGAACGAUGGGAAAACUCGAAGCAGUUCAAUGCAUUCAAUUAUUCACUCAAUUGCAUGUAUAGAUGUAUGGAUGGGAAAUAUGAUCUGUCUAUGCAGUUGAACAUCGAAAGAGGAGAACUACGACGAAAACCGAUGCACUUCAAAAACAUCAAAGAGCCCUUUAACCACUUGAGAUUUAAUUUCACCAAGUUGCAUGAUAAUGAGAUUUUGUUCUACCUAAAAUGUGAUGCUGAUCCGAUCAGCAAUGAUCCAUUAGAUCGCCAUUUGGUUGCUGUCAAUGCAUCUCCAUUGGAGAGAGAUCACUCAUUAAUUGUACCAUCUGUCAACAAGUGCAAUCCUCAAGUUCUGACACUUCAAGCAGUUCGAAUUGCUGUGGAUUUGAUGCUUUUAGUAGACGACGAUAUGUUCCAUAUUCUCUUCAACAGCCUUCUUGGUCAAGCUUCGGUGAAUCAUCUGCAUCUGCAUGCAGUGUAUUGGCCUUAUGAUUCGGAUCUGAUUAAUAGGAAAUGUGAACCUCUUCACGAUGUGCCAAAUGUUUUUGUCAUCCGACCGCCCAUCUGGAUUUGCCCGGCUAUCGUUUUUCAACUGGACUGCAUGGAAAACUACGAGCAAUUCAAAACGAACAUCUACAAAUGUGUCGAACACUUGACAGAAACGAAUCAGGCACACAAUUUGUUCCUUGCCAGAGCCCAACCGAUAAGAACAACGGGGGCUGAGAAAGAAGAAGAUAGACGAGGAGAACGUCCACAACUCGUUACGUGUUAUGUGUUUCCAAGAAUGAAUAUGAUUGGAGCGAAACCACCAUCGAACUUCAAUCCAGCUGCAAACGAAUUGGCCGGAAAUUUAACAUCCUACACAAUUCGCUUCUUUGAAUCUGCAACCGAGCAGUCCGUAAUUCGAAUAAUCGAGGAAGAGGCGUCAUUAGAUGAUGAUAGUUUCCGAAGUCUCUGCUUCGAUUUGUCUGACGUGCUUAUUGGAAGGUCCGUGGGCACAUCACGACCACAUGAUCUAGAUAUACUAGAGGGAUUGACGUCUCCAGAAAUCGACGAACUUCGCGAUUCUUUCCAAUCGUUCAUGCCACGAUCACCAUCGAUUCGACACAGGAGCUCAACGCGUACGCAUUCUGAUGAGGGACCAAUAGUUUAA